AUGUUGGUUGCUAUUGUAAUAUCACGCGAGAAUGAGUCGAUGGUAUCUGAUGGAAGGGAAAUCAAGCUCAACGAUCUGAUUCAUCAGUUUCUGUUAAUGUGUGGAUAUGACUAUAUCUGUGAUAUUUCCAAUUUCCCGAUGUUUCGUUUCCCGAUUCCGGAUGAAUCCUAUAACAUCACUGGAGUAUGUCCCAGUUGUCAAUGUGAUGAUGAAUGCAUGUCACGUGGUGACUGUUGCCCGGAUGUAUACUUUGCACUCCCUCCAAUGGCCUGUGUUAACACUACGCUCCUCGUCACAGAUUCAUCUAAAAACUUUGAACCUAAAUCUCCGUCAUAUGAAAUCGUGAACUCGUGUCCCAGCGGAACCGGAAGUAGAGAUAAAGCACAAUGUGAAAAAUCGUACUCAUUAAAGGAACAACUUAUUCGUCCGCCAGUUGCAUCAGCAAUGUAUCCGGUCAGUUUCAAGAACAAAUAUUGCGCCAAGUGCAAUGGUGAAAAUGAAACAUUUAACUGGAUUCUUGAUAUAGACUGCAUUUUGUUCGCUGAUUUCAAUUUUCUGUCGACAUAUCAGGAAAUCAUUGAUCUAGCUCGAAAUAGAGGAUGUCGUAUGAGAUAUUCCCCUAUGAAAAUCCCAGUGCGACCCUGUAAUCUAACGAUUCAAAACGAUCACUUGAUGACGCGAUCUUGUAAUGUUUCCGGUUCUUGGAAAACAUUUGAUAAAAGUAUAAAAUUAGCAUGCGAGUCGACGUAUCAAUUAAAAUUCCUUGAAUAUAAAAAUGUGUUUUGUUACAUGUGUAAUCCACCUACACAUAUGUCUGAUGACGUCAUCGGCCGAUGCAAUACGACCGGGAUGUGGUAUCCUUAUGACGCGGGUUUGGAACGCGCGUGUUUGUACCAUUCAGCUUCACAAAAUACACGUCCAUUCAAAAACAUAUUUUGUUAUCUAUGUAACCGGAUAGCCAAUGAAAGCGAACUGUUCUAUGAUGUCGUUACUAGCAUUUCAAAUACUAUUGCAAACGAUAGUAAUCAUAACAUGUAUAUGUACACCAUACAAACUGGCCAAGUACGACCACGGCACUUGCGUUUUACAUAUACAGAACUAGAACAUGAUAUGGUCCAAAAUAAUAAUGAUUUACCAGUUUACAAACAAGAUAAGUCAUUUUUUGAAGCCAGUGAAAAAAACACUAUCAUUAAAAAGAAAGACAUCUCUCUAAACGUGACAAACUUAUUGUAUAAACAAUUCGCAGUACGUCCCUAUGAUCAGUUCUGUGAUAAGACAGCCGUUCCUUUACAGUACGUGUUAAUGUUUGUUCCGACAUGUGUGUGUAGUCCAGCUUGUCUGUUUCAUCGCGCUGGAAGACAUUGUUGUCUCGACUUCGCUUUGACAUACCCAGUAUCUUGUAUGGAUAUCUAUGCAGCAGGGACGGAAUCUGAAAUACUAACUACAAAGAAAUUACUUGUUACUGAUGGUUGCUGGGAAAACAGGGGACAUCCUACCAUUCGAAAUCGAUGUGAAUCCUACCAACAGACAGACAUAGUAUCGUUUCUUCCAUUGAUUCAACGAUUUGGCAAUACCUAUUAUAAGAACUUUAACUGUUACCUCUGUAACGAAAACGUCAACGAAAUACGACCCACAGAUAUGAUGGAAACCAUAGCAACGACAGAUAAUUACUAUCUAUCUGAUCUUCAAAUAAAAUGCAAUGCUGUUCUAGAUUACAGACAUGUAGUUUCUUUGAUGGACGCAAUCAAUCUUUCAAAAUAUAUUAAUUGCUCGGUCAAGUUUGUACUCCACAAUCCGGAUAGUAUAUCUGUUAAUUGUAUAACCAGACCAAAUGUGAUCAACAAAUGCAACGCUACCGGAAAUUGGCCAAUCUAUGACCCGGAUGUUGUUUGGGCCUGUGAGAAUGCCACAUAUAAUAUUUUACCUGCGUAUAAACAAUUCAAAAACUUUUAUUGUUACCUCUGUAAUCCGGAACAUGUGGUAACUGACAUUAUAUCUAACUGUAAUGAAACUGGAUUAUGGCAGAAAUAUAAUAUUAACCACGAGAAAGCGUGUCAUUUAUUCCCGCGUAUUUACAGCUAUCCCCUCUACAAGAAUAUAUUUUGUGAGGUUUGUAAUUCUGUUGAAUUCCCAAAUGUCACAGAAAUCGUAACGGAUGGUGUGUCUGAUCAGUCAGAAAAGGCACCUACAGUGCCGGCAGGACCUUUCGAUGUUACAUUCCGGUCAAUAUUUUCUGUAGCUGAAUAUGAUGACAUGCCGCCGGAAGUGGACUCUGGGAGAUGUCGAAAAGAUCAGAUUUACGACUAUCGGAAUGAUUCCUGUCGCAACAUUUCUUGUUUCCCUGGAAAAGUACUGAACGACAGCAGUUGUAUCCCAUUACUGACCAUCACAAACAAUCUACGGUACACACUUUCCAUCGAAUUCACUGGUCAUCUCCAAGGUGAUAUAAGAGCAAUAUUUUUUCUGGAGUCGAUCGAAAACUUGGUCAACCUUUACAUGUUAAAUCUAUGGGGUAGAGAAUUUAAGAUCGAUAGUUUCCAUCUUUUAUCUAAUUUUCCGUGCGAAUCGAGUUCAGCCCUUGUUAAUACAGAAAACAUCAAGCUAUUUCUGUAUAUGACGGUUCAUAUCGAUGGAUAUGUACCACGAUUUUUAACAGAGAGUUCAUUGUUAGAAAGCACUUCUGACCUGUGGAAUGUAACCGUUGACACCAACAGAGUUAUAGAACUUGCUGCCAAGACAAGUCUUACAGCUGUGAUGACACCUUCGAUUAUCCAGAAAGCCUCAUUCAAAGAAACAUGUUACAUUCAAAGAUUUUCAGAUCAUAGUUUUGUUCCAUGGCAGACAUUUAGGUCGGUCUAUGUAUCAAAAGUUCUUUUAUGUCAACAAAUUGAACUGGAAAGUGACGAGUAUGACAUCAACAUGAUUAAAAUGGAGCUAACGAUUCACAGCAUCGGAAAGACUCUUCCGUUUGACAAAUUCCAAAGAUCUUCUCACGGAAGAGUCCGUGUUUGUGUGGAAGAUGUAGAAGCCAUUUCGGACCCAGUGUUUGAAGAUAUAGACUCUGCCCUUGCCAUCCUAACUCUAAUCUGUAAUAUCGCUUCCCUGAUAUGUCUCUUUCUCACAUUCAUUGUCUAUCUUGUAAAUCCAACCCUCCAGUCCAUACCAGGCAUCAAUAACAUGUGUCUGGUGUUUGCCCUGUUCUUUACACAAUUAUCGUUCCAGUUUGGAAUAAUGGCUCCGGUAGAUUCCGUUUUUUGUGAAGUUAUCGGUAUAAUCUCGCACGUGUUGUGGUUGUCCAUGUUUGGGUGUAUGAAUGUUUGUUCAUUUCACAUGUUCCGGGUUUUUAGUGGAAUAGGUAGAUAUCACGCCUUUCAUAACAAGCAUAAGACGUUACAGAAUUAUCUUUUAUAUUCUUUUGGACUUCCGGUUAUUAUUGUAGGUCUGAAUACAACGUUUACUCUCAGUUUAAACGAAGGGAAGACCACUGGCUACGGAGUUGGCAAAUGCUACAUUUCCAGUAAAAUAUCAUUCAUUGUAACAUUUUUGCUUCCGAUAAUCUUUGUCUGCUUAUCAAAUAUAGUUUUCUUUUCAAUUACGGCCUACAAAAUACGUAAUACGCCGCGUAUAGAGAGCAAUCAUGAAAAUCAUCGCCAUUUUGGGAUAUAUGUUAGAUUAUUUUUUGUAACUGGUGUCACGUGGUUAGCAACGGUCAUUGAAUCAUUUUUCCCUCAGUCGAUAGUUUCGUAUUUCACAACAGUAUUGAACGGUUGCCAGGGUGUUUUGAUUUUCAUUGGCUUCAUAGUCAAUAGAAGAGUGUAUACGCUUUUAAAAGAAAAAGUUACAAAUACAGGCCAUCUCUUCGGUAGAAACAACUCCAAUCUGAUGACUCGAACCAGUACUUUCAACCUGAAUUCCUCUUCCAAAGACAAUGACUGA